AAGAAAAAGAAGGCAGUAAGAAAAGAAAAAUACAGUAAACAAAAGAUUUCCCCAGUAAGGUCCCUUAUCCCAAUAGUUUUAUAUAUAUACAUUUGGCCACAAGUGUAUAAAAUCAAGCACCUAGGCAUGCAGACUGCUUCUAAAAACAUUUGUAAAAGAUUGGGUUGCUCUCAAGAGUUUAGAGAAUUCAAGCAUGGUACCGUGAUAGGUUGCCACCUGUGCAAUAAGUCCAUCUGUGAAAUUUCCUUGCUACUAAAUAUUCCAUUGUCAACUGUUAGUGGUAUUUUAACAAAGUGGAAGCAACUGGGAACAACAACCCAGCACGAAGUGGUAGACCAUAUAAAAUGACAGAGCGGGGUCAGUGUAUGUUGAAGUGCACAAAGCGCAGAACUCUCCAACU